GUUAUCAACGAGACCACACUGAACUGAUAACGCUGCUGAUGAUAACAACAAAAACAACAACAACUUUUCAAGACGCACAUAAACUAACGUAGCGUAGCAGGUAUUAAAUAUGUAAUUAAUAAUGUUCAUUGUUCAUCUACUCGCAGUCGUAGUAGUAGUAUGUAGUAUAAAAGAGUUGUAGCUCGGUCUUUUUAUUUUCUUUCAAAUUCUUUCAUUCGCUUCCAGUUGUUCUAUUCGAAGGCCUGCAACUCGCGACAAGUUCGUUCAUCGACGACGGAUAAAAAAUUGAAGCUAACAACGAACUACAUACAUAACUACGGGAGGGCUCGAUUGCUUUACCGUAUCUUAUCCGGAGUAAAACGAAUAGAGCAGAACGCGAACGUUGAUACACGUACGUAGAUAUAGGACGCUAGCUAUUCAAGGAGGUGAUGCCGCCGGUACUGGACAGCGAGCACUGCGACUGCGACUGCGACUGCGACUGCGACUGCGACAGCUGAAACGGUAAGAUCGACGGUAGUGUGCUUCAUCGCUGCUGCUGUCAUCGCAGUUAUCGUAUUUCAAGUUGGAUCAGCCAUCGCCCAACGCCUAACGCCUAACCGUCGAAGGCAGUCUGGUAUAAAUACUGUCGCGGAAUAGACAAAAAGUCGACGAUGUGCAGCGCGGCCGUUAGCUUCAAAUGGCUGGACAUUUUAGAAAAAGAAUUCGACAAGGCGUUUGUGAAUAUCGAUUUGCUCGUGACCAGAUUUCUAUCAGGAGAAUUCGACGGAGAUGAAACGGAUAUCAUGUACACGAUUCGCAAAAAAUUGGAGACCAUGUGUUCGUGUUUCUCGCAACUCGGCCAUAAAGCGAUGACUAUAUUCCAAGCGAACGCUAAACUCGAGGCGGAACUGGUGAAUUUGAGGUCGGAAAUUGUUGAAAUGAAGACGCGUAAGGAGCUGCUCGAGAAACAAGCGCAUUCGUUAUUGGCACAGCGACGGCAGCAGCAGCAGCAGCAGUCCGGUAUAGCUAUGAAUUGCGGCAAACCUCGGCGCGAUCAACAGGUCGCCGCCACCGCCACCGCCACCACCGCCGAACACGCGCUACAACGCCAUUUAACCGCAUUUUCGACGCUAGAAAGCGCAACCGCCGCCUUCGUUGUUACGAGUAAUAGUAAUAGUAAUAGUAAUAGCGGCGGUAAAGACGACGACGACGAAGACGGCAUUGAAAAAGCGAUGGUUACCUUGAAGAAGUGGAGAAAUCGAUUGCAGGCUGAAAACGAAUUGUUAAGAUGCACCAUCGUCAACUUGCAGGCCGAAGUGUGCGGAGCUCGGUUAGCCGCCAAAUAUCUCGACAAGGAAUUAGCCGGAAGAAUCCAACAGUUGCAAUUACUCAGUCGAGAAGACAUGCAGAACGAGGUGAAAACUAAAUUAUGGGAUCAGUUGGACGCGGAAAUACUGCUGCAGCGCCACAAGACCGUUAUUAAAGUGAUGCGUCAACAAAGGAACGAUUCGUUACUGCCGCCGCCGCCCGCGCCCGAUAACCUCGCCGGACGUGUCAGAAAUGUUUACCUCAUUCGAGAGCCAAACAAAGGAUUGGGCAUAUCGGUUACGGGAGGUCGCGAACACGGAGUGCCCAUCAUUGUAUCCGAAUUGGAGCCUUGGUGCGCUCACAAAGGGUUAUACAUCGGCGACGCUAUUCUGUCUGUCAAUAAUAUCGACUUGAAUAAAUUGACGCACAGCGAAGCGGUAAAAAUUCUCAGCGAUCAAAUCGGAAGCGUGACUUUAACGGUGAUCACGUUAUCGGAGGCUGCCAUCAAUUUAGACGAAAUUCAAGAAGAAAUCAAUUUGCCAUCUUCGUAUUACAGUUACCCAUUUCACCGAUACGUUGACAGGCCUGACAGGGUCAGCGACCGCGACCGCGACCGGGAUGCCGACGAAACAACCGAAAUGGCCGGAUCCGAUGAUGCGCCAACUGUAGCGACGACGACGACGACGUUUCAGUUCCAACAUCAACGCAGCAACAUCCGAAGACCGGCGAUACGCAAUUCAACAAACAAUUGCGCGAGUGGCCACGUUGAUUCGGAAAAUAAACUGCUAGGAAUUACAACGUUACAAAACAUAUUUCGCACAAAUUCCGCCAUCAAUUCUACCAGCAACGAAUACGAAAACGAAUACGACAGCAAAGGCGGCGGCGGCGGCGGCGGCGGCGGCACAGCAGCGGAACACCAACAGAAUACAAGACGUAAACACGUCAACGAUGGCGAUGGCGAUGGUACUUUGGCAAAUGACGAAAAGUGCGAAUCUGAUCGUGACGACAAUACGCGCCACAGCCACGUCGACGUCGACGUUGACGUUGAACCUGAUGUGAGCAGCCGGGGACGCCAUGGUAAUGCGGCCGUUUUAGUGCAAGUGCACGAUAUCAAAAUGACCGCCAGUACCAGUGCCAGUGCCGGUGCCGGUACACGUAAAAGCAACGCCAAAGUACGAGUAACAGAGACGCGGCCACCACAAAGAGUGCCCAUUACGAGCGGUAUCGGCAACUCGGACGUCGGUACUCCUGUCUGACGCCCAAUGUGAAACAGUCGGGUCAACAAAAGUACAUAUACUCUCGAACUCGGCCAAGACCGAUUUGCGAUUUGCGAUUUGCGAUUUCGUUAUCGACGAUGCCGAAUUGCCGAUGGAAGGAUAUAUGUAAUUGAAGCGAAAUCCUACCUCUACCAUACUACCUGCUCGGCUCGUCCUCAAAGUUGGUUAAAACGCUUUCUUGUAGCGUUUGGCUCAUCGAAAAGUCAAAUUUGAAACCUUAGGUACACACUUACGAGAUUACAAAAAUAUUGUCGAUACGUUGGUAUUGUUUAAAUCGAGAUUGUUCACUUUCUCUGCCUAUGUACAUUGUACAUUGUACUUGGAUCAUUUCCCUUUCUAAUUAGGCUAACGAAACGUAUCUACAUAGAUAUUACAUGUAACUUCUUCUUGUAAUGACGUACGUACCUGUACCUACGUAUUUUAUAUAUUUUUUUUUUUUCUUAAUAAUAGGUAAUACUUAAUAGAAAUAGUAAAUUUUUAUCGAAUGUUGCGGUUGCGAACUAGCGGAUGUCGCUAUUCUUUGCAAUAAUGAUGUUUAUUCGUACAGCAACCGAUAGAUGUAAAUUUUGUCCUACGAUUUUUCAAUACAUUCAUUUUUGAUA